UUCAAUUGCCUCGUCGGACUCCUUCCCUGGGAAGCUUCCCUGAGUUCGAUUCGAUUCAGAUCCCGCUCUUCUUCUCUCGUCGUCAGGAGAAAAGGGAGAAGGAAGAUUUCGUCGUUUCCUUCUGUGUUUCUCCGGCUGAAGUCUGAAGUUUCGGCCGCUAGUUUGCCGGGAUCGUGAGAUUUGCCGGCGCCUGGUUCUGUCGAAGCCCUAAGCUCGUUCAUUCUCGAAGAUUUACGCCAUGAAUCCCGAAUAUGAUUAUUUGUUCAAGCUUCUGCUUAUUGGGGACUCAGGAGUCGGAAAAUCAUGCCUUCUUUUGAGAUUUGCAGAUGAUUCAUAUCUGGAGAGCUACAUCAGCACUAUAGGGGUUGAUUUCAAAAUCCGUACAGUGGAGCAGGAUGGGAAGACUAUUAAGCUUCAAAUUUGGGAUACUGCUGGGCAGGAAAGGUUCAGGACCAUUACCAGUAGCUACUACCGUGGUGCCCAUGGCAUUAUUGUGGUGUAUGAUGUCACAGAUCAGGAGAGCUUUAACAAUGUCAAGCAGUGGUUGAAUGAGAUCGACCGCUAUGCUAGUGAUAACGUUAACAAACUCCUUGUUGGGAACAAGACUGACCUCACAGCUCAGAAAGUAGUUUCAUACGAGACAGCUAAGGCAUUUGCUGAUGAGCUUGGGAUCCCCUUCUUGGAAACAAGUGCAAAGAAUGCAACCAAUGUCGAACAAGCUUUUAUGGCCAUGGCAGCUGCCAUAAAGAACAGAAUGGCGAGUCAGCCGGCCAUGAAUGCUGCAAGGCCGCCCACAGUGCAAAUCCGAGGAGAGCCAGUUGCACAGAAGAGUAGUUGCUGCUCGUAAAUUUACCAUUUUCCUUCUUUGACCUUAUAUGAUAUGUAAAAGUAGCUUUUCUUGUACCCAAGAAGACGUGGUCUGUUGAUUUCUCUUUCCUUGGCGGUCAAAAUUCUAUUCUUUGAACAUUCAACGAUUUGUUUGAAUCUGUAGAACUUAAUGAUCAAUGAAUAGUAGUGUUUACUUAUUC